CUACCCCGCAAUUUUCAUUGCGGCCAACAGCGACCGCAUUUCUAAUAGCAGCUCCGAGAAGAGGAUCAUGGUUUACUUUUCGGCCUCGCAAUGCAUUCCAUGGCUUGUAGUCCUCAUCAUUGAAUGUCUGGCCAUUAUCAUCCUCAAUAUCAUCACCAUUGUUGUAUUUGUGAAGAAGAAGCGUCAGUUACAGCGGCGGAGCACAUAUUUGAUCAUCCAUCUGGCGAUAGUCGAUCUCUCAGCGGGUGCAGUCUCUGAGCCACUGCAGAUUGAAGACAGUAUGGCUAAAUUUUGCAAUUUAUGGAAGUACCGGUCGGAGAUAAACUGGUUAUAUCAUAUAAAAUUAGCAUUUCGACACUUAUUUUCCUUUGCAUCGUUAGGAAAUCUUGUUGUUAUUGCACUAGAAAGGCUACACGCAACAUUUUUUCCAUUCAGGCAUCGUUUUAUUGAGAAAUGGGUUUACCGAGUAACAAUAAUUGUCGUUUGGUUAACAAGUACAACUAGAGAGGUCGCUCAAAUUGUGUUAUCGGAAGAAUCUCAGGAUGGUAACAAGAAGUUAGCGAAUAAGAUCCUGUACUUUCCUGUUUACAUAUUUGCUAUUUUUAUUAUCUGUGUAUCUUACUCUCUCAUCGCUAUCAAAGUACGAUGCCGUCGCCAUCCUCAAUUCCAUUUGGCGGCAAAGAUAGAGAGAAAACUGACGGGUACCUCGCUUAUAGUCUCACUAGCAUCUCUGCUGUGUUUUCUGCCAGCUGUAACAUAUCUAAGUAUAUUUUAUUUUCUCAGGCCGUUAAAGAGUUUUCAUUUUCAUAUGGCUGCACUCUUUACGUUCUUGGCUAACUCAUUGAUAAAUCCUGCAAUCUACGCGUCGCGGAUGCCAGGAUUCAGAGCAGGUUUAUUGCAAAUAUUCUUUGGAGCUCCAAACCUCUUAAAAGCCCCAGUAAAUCUACCACUUUGUAAACUCAGGGCCGUAGCUAGCACGAGGCAAGACGAGGCAAUUGCCUUGUCUUGAUUUUGGCCUUUUUUUUGG